ACUGCCUAUUUUUCCCAAACAAGGCGUCUUCCUCUUUCCUUCCUUCAACCUCCUCGUUACAGCUUCGACUCCGAACCUCGUAUACGUUCCCUCCGAACCUUAACUUCGGUACGAACCUUAAUUUUGCCCCCCCUGUUCGUUGAAAAUUUCGCACACUAUUUCGAUCACUUUAUCGCUCUCCCUCUCUCUUUGAGCUAAAAAAAAAGGCCCAAAAUUUUAGAACCCUAAUAAUUUUCAUAAUUUUCUUACAAUUUUAACAUCUUCGAGGAUCGAUUUUUCGAGCUCCAUUUCAAUGGCUUCUCCUGUCCAAUGAUAAGCUGUUAAGGUUGAUUUUCAAACUUCACAACUCAAAACCAGGGUGAAUGUUUAAAUGUAUGGAAGAGGUAGUAAAUUUUCUCCCAAAACUUUAGCUGCUGAAAAUUCUUGGUUUGGAUUAUCUCUAUGCCUGGCAACGAAGUUGGAGACAGGAUCCAUAAUUUUCUUGGUCAAGAGGGGUUGCCCCAGGGCCAACAUCAUUCGCAAGGCCUUGACACUGCCUGGCCUGGAUUAAAUAACAAUCGGUGGGUUGGAAGCCAGAGACAAGCUGGUGAAACUCUUGUUUCCAGUUUGAAGAAUUUUAGUGUACAUCAAUUAGCUGAAUCUGACAGAGGACAGACUGGUCAGUCUUCGAGCCGACAGCAUGAUCUGAACUUCACUCAGUCAGGUCUGAGGUUUGAAAUCGCCCAAAGUCAAUCACAAAACCAAUCACCAAUUGCAAAUGGCUAUUUGCUAGGGCAUCAGGCUUUCCAGACAAGUCAGAAUGAACCAAACUUUUUGGGUGUGGAUACAGUAUCUAGAUGCUUAUCACCUCUUGAUUCACAGAUAGGAAAUGGUCCUGAUCUUAGUAAGAAAAAUUCAUUGAGGUUGGAAUCUACUGAAUCUCCCAUGAAUUACGACUUUUUUGGGGGGCAACAGCAAGUUAGCGCACAGCAUUCUGGCAUGAUCCAGUCUUUACCAAGGCAGCAAUCAGGGAUGAAUGACAUGCAGCUAUUACAACAAAAUGCUAUGCUUAAGCAAAUGCAAGAAUUACAGAGGCAACAACUCCUGAGGCCACAGUUUCAAUUACCAGAUGCAAGGCAAUUAAGCUCUGCAAAUCAGGUUUCUUCUACUGUAAAACAUGGCUUGGGUAGCCUUUCUUCAGCUCCAAUCAAUGGCAUUCCUGUCCAUGAUGCUUCAAAUUAUUCCUGGCAGCCUGAGCACAUGGCACCAAAUUGGUUGCAGCAUGGUACAUCUCCAUCCAUGCAUGUAUCCUCUAGUGGAUUUACGUUUUCCCCGGAGCGAGGCCAGGCAUCUUUGAUGGGUUUGGUUCCUCAACAGGUUGAUCAAUCAUUUUAUGGGACUACCAGCAAUGCGAGAGGAAACCCUUAUCACCAUUCUUCUGUCCAAAUGGAGAAGCCUUCAAUGCAGCAGCUGCCAGCCAGCAGUAAUUCUUUUCCAAGUAAUCAAUAUGAUCUGUUUUCAGAUCAAGUUGGUUUGCAAGAUGGAAGACAGGGUGAUCAGGGUAAAAAUGUGUUUGGGGCUACAACAGGACAAGGCUUAAAUACUGGAUUUCGUCCAGAACCCUUGCAGGAAAUGACUAUCCAGCCAAAUAAUGCGGUGAUGCAGGAGUCUUAUGAUGGAAGGCAGGAACGUCCUGGUCCAUCAGAAAUAUCCUUGGAAAAGUCAACGGCUCAGGCUGCCCCCUCACAGAGUGUGGCUACGCUAGAUGCGACUGAAGAGAAGAUUUUGUUUGGAUCAGAUGACAGUGUGUGGGAUAUCUUUGGAAAGAGCAUCAACAUGGGCUCAGUGUUGGAUGGUACGGACUCUUUUGGAGCAUUGCCUUCUUUGCAAAGUGGAAGUUGGAGUGCACUUAUGCAGUCUGCUGUAGCAGAAACAUCUAGUAAUGAUUUAGGGGUACAGGAAGAGUGGAGUGGUUUGGGUGUGCAGAAUAGCGAACCUUCAAGUAGGAACAUAGCAUCACAAAUUGUCAAUGAUGGCAGCAAACAUCAGUUGGCUUGGGCCGAUAACAACUUGCAGACUGCCUCGACAUUGAAUUCUAAAUCUUUUCCCAUGUCUAGUGAUGCCAAUAUCAAUCUUGACUUUUUUAGCAUCCCUGGAGUUCAGCAAUCAGGAGUCCAGAUUGCAAAUGAACAGACCAGGAAAAUACAUAAUGAUUCAUCUCAGAAACUUGUUCAACAGUUAACAGAAGAAAGAAGCAAAUGGUUAGAUUGCAGUCCUCUACAAAAACCUGUAGCUGAAUGUGUGCAAAUCUUUGGAAAUGUUGCUCACUCUCCCAACAUGCAAGUAAGUGCAAAGAGCAUUUCGGGCCACCAACAAGACAUGGCUGUACAUAAUCUGCGUGUUCAGCCACAUAACAAGCCAAACGGUUGGAGCUUCAUUGAGUCUGCGUCACAUAGUGGUGAAGCUAUAUCAAAAAGUCAGGAUAUUGAUUGUGCAUUGCAACCUGCUCAGAAUAGUGAUCACAGAGGUGCCAUGUCUGAGGAGAAAGGUCAUGGUUCUUUUCUUGGUUAUCCUAUUCCUGAUGCAAAUAGCGAAUGGGGAAAGUUGAAUUCCGGCUUGGGAAGCCCGCAGGUGAACAGGGAAGGUUCUGAGCUGGAUAAUGUUGCUGCAAUAACAGAUUCAAGAACUGCAAGGGUCACUGAGGAUAGCAGCCAGCAACUUCCGAACAAUCAUAAUCUCAGGAGAAGUACUGAUUCUAAAGUAAACUCUGGACCAAGCAAGGUUCAAGCAAGAUAUCUGCAAAAUCAGGAUAAGAACCCUCGAACUUUUGAUUCAUCUAGAAAUGAUUGCUUGGACAAGGGAGCAUCUGAAGCAAAUAUAUUGGAGAAUUCCAAUGUCAAAGAAACUUCCAAUGACAGUUUUCACCCAAACUCAUCCCACCCAUUUUCUACUGGUGGCAUGAGAGACAAUGUCUGGCUGGAUGUAAAUGAUCGACAUGGAGGAAAACAGAAGUCAUCUGUUUGUAUUAGUCAUAAACCUUCCGGAAUCCGUAAAUUCCAGUAUCAUCCAAUGGGGGAUCUGGAUGUGGAGGUUGAACCUUCAUAUGGAACUAAAAGUGUUGCACAUUCACAGGCAAUGUCCCAAAAUAUUUCGCAAGGAUUGAAAGGUCAUGACCGAGGAUACUUUGGGCAGUCAAAACUUACUGGUCAUGCUACUAGAGAGUCUAUAGAAACUGAGAAGGGUUGUUUUCCCGGCAUUCGAGUAGAUGAGGUACCUUCCAGAAGCUCAAAUCAAGGUUCUGCUUCUGACAGAUCUUUUGUUGGUUCUGUGCUGAACAAGACAGCUCCAAUGAGUCAAAAUAUGCUGGAGCUGCUUCCUAAGACUGAUCAGCCAAGGGAACAUGGCACUGCUACACACUUAAGCCCUUCUGAACGCAAUCUAUCAUCUGAAAUGCCAGAUACAGAAACUUCUGAUGGAUCAGUAGGCCAGUUUCAGCAUAAUAGGCCUCCUGCUUCGCAAGGUUUUGGUUUACAACUAGGUCUCCCAUCUCAAAGGUUUACCAACCCUGAUCGUGCAAUGUCAUCUCAGAAUUCUCCCCAAAGAGUUAGUUCUCUGAAUUCAGUUCUUGGCUCUUGCGAGGUAGGAAGGAAGGGUCAUGCAUGGUUGGAUCCAAGAACUUCUGUUCAGUCCUCAACUCAUGGAGAAUCCUAUGGAGAUAUUAAGAAUAAUGUUUUAAGUGGCUCUGGUCAAAUCAGCAAUAAAGCGGCACCAUAUAAUAUCCAGACCAACUUUUCUUCCGGUUUUACCUCUGAUUAUCAUUUGAAAAGUCAUCUCCAAAGCCAAAAUAUUACUAGUGUGGGUAGUCAGGCAACACCAAGUGCAUCUAUCAAUGCGCCUUUUGGUGGGUUGGGAUCUCUGCCCAAGCAGACUGAUGACUCUUCUGAGAGAGUUCAAACUAGUCAAUUGCAAAGGAAACCAGCACUCCACAUACCUAAAUCUGCUGUAGAUAACAAUCGUAAUUCUUCUGAGACUUCUCAGCCAAGUAGCAGCAACCAAAUCCGUGCAAGGGAUCCAGGCCAGCAGUAUCCAGUUUUGGAGGCUCUACCAGCUUACCCACCAUCUGCUACCCCUGAAUCUCCAAAGCAAGGUUCUUUUACCAAAAUGCCUGAUGUGUGGACCAGUGUUUCUGCCCCACAACAUCCAUUAGGAGCACAGUCCUCUUGGGCUUCCCAAAAUUUGUUCAAGUACCAUCAUCAAUCGAAUAUUAACUCUGAAACAUCUCUUCCUGGAACAAAGAAGCUAGACGAUCAAAUUGCUAAGGCAGGACGGGGUGGUCAAUCUGAGUUUCCUGGAGGCCCUGGUAAGCCACAGAGCUUUGUUGGAGAAGAGCAACCAGCAAAAGAUCAGCAGUUAUUUCCUGAAAGUGAUGCCAGUCAAAAUCCUGCAACUAUGCCACAAGACAUUGAUACUCUUGGUCAAUCUUUGAGACCAAAUAACAUUGUAAAUCAGAACCAUUCAUUAUUGAAUCAGGUGCAGUCAAUGAAAGAUAUAGAGAUUGAACCAAGUAAUAGGAGUGUCAAAAGAUUUAAAGGCCCAUGUCUAGACUCUGCUUUGGAUACUCAGCCGGUAAGUUCUGAAGGUGCAGAGCAGUUAUCUUAUGGAUCAGAUACUAUGAUGAAAGAUGCUUCAGUUAAUCGUAUCUUAGUUUCUUCUGGAGAUCCUAAGAUGCUAAGAUUUUCACCAAACACUAGAGACAACUGUGAGGCACAGGUAUCUUCUUAUGAUAUGAUGGCAUAUGCUCAGAAUGAUUCCCAGAAUUUCUCCAGUGCUAACAAUUCAGCUGCUAAUCUCAAGGGUGAACACUCUCAAAUAAGUCCCCAGAUGGCUCCUUCCUGGUUUGAUCGGUAUGGCUCGUUUAAAAAUGAGCAAAUGUCACCUCUAUAUGAUGCUCGAAAAACUGCCAUGUUGAAGGCCGCGGAAAAAGCACUCAUUGUUGGUAGACCUUCUGACAGCUCGCAUGCUCUUCAUUCAAAUGAGCAGGUUAAUGCUGCUGCUUAUCCUAGCCAGCUGGAUAGUGCCUGUAAAAGCUCAAAGCCAAUUGUGAGUGAGCUGAUCUCCUCUCACUCGCUGCCUCCUGAAAUCACAAAUCAGGAUUUGGUUGUUGUGAGAGCAAGAAAGCGGAAAAGUAUGGUAUUUGAGCUUCUACCAUGGCAUAGAGAAGUGAAACAAGUUUAUCAAAGAUCUCAGAACAUCAGUGUGGCAGAGGUGGAAUGGGUGCAUGCAGCAAAUCGAUUGAUUGAGAAGGUUGAAGAUGAGCCUGAAAUGUUUGAAGAUUGGCCACCAGGGGUUAGAUCAAAAAGAAGGCUUAUCUUGACAAGGCAGCUUAUGCAGCAACUACUUCGUGCUCCUCCAAGAGUAAUUCUUUCUGCAGAUGCUAGCAAAAGCUAUGAGGCUGUGGCAUAUUUUGUUGCCAGAUCAGUCCUGGGAGAUGCAUGCAGCACAGCAUGUAUACCUGAAAGUGAUACUGCUAUUCUUCCUGACGGUGAAAGCACCCUCUCUGAAAAGCUUCAGAAGGAGAGAAACCAGUCCACCUUAAAGUAUGCUGAAGAUUUUGUCAUCAAAACGAAGAAGCUGGAGAAUGAUUUACAGAGUCUGGACAAGAGAGCCUCAAUCUUGGACUUAAGAUUGGAAUGUCAGGAUCUAGAGAAGAUUUCCGUCAUCAAUCGUUUUGCCAAGUUCCAUGGUCGGGGGCAAGCUGACGGCACUGAGACCUCAUUGUCCUCUGAUGCAAUUGCUAGUUCUCACAAAUUCUUCUCCCAGAGAUACGUAAUUGCACUCCCGAUGCCCCGUAAUCUCCCUGACGGGGUACAAUGUCUUUCCCUUUGAUCAUUACUUGAUUGAUUUUUCCCUCUUUUUUUUUUUGGCCAAUUAUCUUCUUAUCCCUCGGUGCAUCUCUGCUCCAAAAUUUAAAAGCAAUGGAGGCUCUUAGAUCAUUGCCUGCCAUUGCAGGCCAUUUGUAUCAAUUUCCUGAGAAAUAUAUGAGUUUAUCAUUGAAUAUACUUGUCUGAAAAUCUUGAGAGAAAGUGAGGGGUAAACCCCAUAAUUUUUGGGUAAAAUGGGGGAAGAACAAAGCUCAGUCUGAAUUAUUUUUGAAACAGGUAGCUGAAUAUUCUUAAGGUAAAAAUUAAGUGUAUUUAUUAAAGCCUUUUGGAUGCCUUUCAUUCAUAAAUAAAGGGUUUCUCUACAUA